UCGGCCACCGUCGUCCGUUUCCCUUCUGAUUCGACCUUGUUUUUCGUGUUUCCGCCCCUCGCUCGGGUCUAAAGCCUGAAGCUAGAGUCGGAGAACCCAGGAAAAAUCUCGGCCGAAUUGAGGUUUUGGUUGGAGAUAUGCAUGAGCAAAGGAAUCUGGCAAAGCUUUAGUGAAUCAAACCUGAAGACAGAGGAAACUUAAUAGGUAUCUGGCUGGAGUCAGAAAGAUCUAAUGCAAAUAAAAUAUCCUGAGGACAGCGUGUCAAAAUGACUACAAUUCCCAGCGGUCGCCGCGACUGAGAAGCGAUGCUUUCUGGGAGUUGCAGUAUCUAGGAGGUGUGCUAGACGUAUCCGGGCUCAGAACAGCCUCUUUACAAAAUUUUUGUUUGUUUGUUUUUAAAAGCUGAUUUGAGUUUAAUCUUUCCGUAUCCUCCUAAUCGAUCACAGGCCUAAAUGGGAAGAAAUCUAAAAAAGAUUAAAGGGGCAUACUGCCUUUAAGACUGUACUUUCCUAAUCGAUGAUUCCUAAAUCUAGGGAUAGGUAAUUGAUGUGUGUGGGCUGGGCGUCUGUGGAAGGGCAGCCUCGUGGUGCCUUCUUCCCAGAAGACCCAAGGAAAGAAAGCGGAGACCAGGUUUCGGCUGUAGCUUCUCACUUACCUGCGCAGUGUAAUUUUGAGCUGCCUCUUUGUAGUCCUAAGAGACAAGAGCUCCCGUUGUCUGACCACUAACCCAUACGUUUCUGUGGACCAGUCCUGCGUCUACUCCUCGCCAUGGCUCAGCUCCAAACACGCUUCUACACUGACAACAAGAAAUAUGCGGUAGAUGAUGUUCCCUUCUCAAUCCCAGCUGCCUCUGAAAUUGCUGAUCUUAGUAACAUCAUCAAUAAAUUGCUGAAAGACAAAAAUGAGUUCCACAAACAUGUGGAGUUUGAUUUCCUUAUCAAGGGCCAGUUUCUGCGCAUGCCCUUGGUCAAACACAUGGAACUGGAGAACAUCUCAUCAGAAGAAGUUGUGGAACUAGAAUAUGUAGAAAAGUACACUGCACCCCAGCCAGAGCAAUGCAUGUUCCAUGAUGACUGGAUCAGUUCAGUUAAAGGGGCAGAGGAAUGGAUCUUGACUGGUUCUUAUGAUAAGACUUCUCGGAUCUGGUCCUUGGAAGGAAAGUCAAUAAUGACAAUUGUGGGACAUACAGACGUUGUAAAAGAUGUGGCCUGGGUGAAAAAAGACAGUUUGUCUUGCUUGUUACUGAGUGCCUCUAUGGAUCAGACUAUUCUCCUAUGGGAGUGGAAUGUAGAGAGAAACAAAGUAAAAGCUCUGCACUGCUGCAGAGGCCAUGCUGGAAGUGUGGACUCUAUAGCCGUUGAUAGCUCAGGAACUAAAUUUUGCAGUGGCUCCUGGGAUAAGAUGCUAAAGAUCUGGUCUACAGUGCCUACAGAUGAAGAAGAUGAAAUGGACGAAUCCACCAAUCGACCUCGAAAGAAACAGAAAACAGAGCAGUUGGGACUAACAAGGACUCCCAUGGUGACCCUCUCUGGCCAUAAGGAAGCAAUUUCCUCAGUUCUGUGGUCAGAUGCUGAAGAAAUCUGCAGUGCAUCUUGGGACCACACAAUUAGAGUGUGGGAUGUUGAGUCUGGCAGUCUUAAGUCAACUUUGACAGGAAAUAAAGUAUUUAAUUGUAUUUCCUAUUCUCCACUUUGUAAACGUUUAGCAUCUGGAAGCACAGAUAGGCAUAUCAGACUGUGGGAUCCCCGAACUAAAGAUGGUUCUUUGGUGUUGCUGUCCCUAACCUCACAUACAGGCUGGGUGACGUCAGUAAAGUGGUCUCCUACCCAUGAACAGCAGUUGAUUUCAGGUUCUUUAGAUAACAUGGUCAAGCUUUGGGAUACAAGAAGUUGUAAGGCUCCUCUCUAUGAUCUGGCUGCUCAUGAAGACAAAGUUCUGAGUGUAGACUGGACAGACAUGGGGCUACUUCUGAGUGGAGGAGCAGACAAUAAAUUAUAUUCCUACAGAUAUUCACCUACCACUUCCCAUGUGGGGGCAUAAAAGUGAAUGAUAAUUUGAUUAUAGAGAUUUGUUCUAUAAAUAAAAUUGGUACAGAAUCAUGAAAUUACAUUGAUGAAGAUGUAGCAAUCAGCCUUUUCAAGUUUAUAUAAUGUUUUUACCCUUCAUAAUAGUUAAUGUCACUUUUUCUUUAUUUUGUAUUUAUAAUACAAUAGUUUGUAUUUAUAAAAUAUAAAAUGUGACCUGCAUUCUCUACCAUAUACAAACUCUUGAAAUUCAACUGAGUUUCUUUCUUUUUAAA